CAGUCAGAUUCACGUUCUCGUGGGGCUGCUGGACUAUAAAAAGUGUGAGAAACCUGGACGAAGGCACCAUCCGGUCCAAAUUCUCCUGCGGUACAGGUCUUAUCCAGUCAGCAGUCAUGAAAUUCUCCCUCAUCGCCGCCGUCGUCGUGCUCGCUCUGGCACAAGGAAGCUUUGCUCAGGAUGCUUCCGAUCUUGAGAAGCUCACUACGUACUUUGAGGAAGUGAAGAACACAAUGACUGCAAAAAUGACUGAGCUCAUGAAUCACCAAGACGUUGCCAACCAUGCCGAUAACAUCAGGACCCAGCUGGAGCCCCUGACCGCUAAGCUGAGGGAGACUGUCACCAACCUCCAGGCCCAGGCCCAGCCCGUGAUGGAAAACAUCCAGGCCCAGGCCCAGCCCAUGAUGGAGAACAUCCAGGCCCAGGCCCAGCCCGUGGUGGAGAACCUCCAGAAGCAGAUGGAAGCCAUCCUCCAGAAGUUGCAAGAGCAGGCCAAGGCCCUCACCCAGUAAAUCAGCUUCCAAAAGACUCGAACUUGCCACCGCAACACCAUCUUCUGUCGUGGGCCGAGUUAACGGAGCUCCUUGUGUCUGAAGGCUGGCCUGAGUUCCGGGAGCCUAAAAUGUGUUUCAGUGCUUGUUUACGUUGACAUCUCUGCCAUAAAGCAUAAUAAAAAACAUGGAACGCAA